AUGGACAGUGAUCACCAUGAGCCUGCACAAGAAGAUUCUGAUAAAGCGAUUUCCAAGAACAAAGAACAGCAAGGCUCAAGCCAGGUUAGAUCCUAUGAGUGCAUAUUCUGCAAGAGGGGCUUCUCAAAUGCGCAAGCCCUAGGAGGUCACAUGAACAUCCACCGAAAAGACAAAGCCAAGCUCAAGCAAUCCUCCACGACUUCGUCGUACUCUGCGGGUUCGACUGUCCAGCCACUGCCGCAGACGCCAUCUUUGGAUGCUAAGUUCACUGGGAAUUCAGAUACGAGCAAAGCAUCUUGGCCUUGGGUUCCUCGGCGGGAAGGCGAGAAGGAGAGUCGCAAGAAGGAUGAUUAUUCCCAGGUUGGUGGAGUUCAACAAUUACCCUUGUUUUCCGAAACACCGUCCUCGACGAAGGAUCACGAUCAAGGACAAAAUAUUCAAACUUCGGAGAAGGGUAAACCGGGCGGCGAUAGCUCCUCCAGGUCUGCUUCAGAACUAGACCUCGAGCUCAGGCUGGGACCAGAACCUCAAGAACCGAAGGGUACUAAAAAGUUCUUCUGA